ACCCAACGGUUCAUCUCAUAGGUACAUUUCAUCUCUUCUUCAUGUUGGUAGGGCGGUAGGUAUUCGAGAUCAAGAGCGUCAAAAGCAUCCCAAACAUUCGUCCAAUCAGCACGACACACCAAAGGCGCGUACCAUUCUUAGGAUGAAUUUCCACUUCCACGCCCUGCACUUCCUGUUGAAUAGUCGCGGACAGUAGAAAUUCUCCACUAUAGCAAAAAUCAGGGGCGACAGGGUGGCUUCAUAUCAAGUAAUUCCGAGAUCAUUUCUACGAAUCGAUAUUCAAUGUUUUUCGAUAAAGACACUGGGGCAAGGUCUUCAAAGCUCCACAUUUCUAAUAUAUUCACAACAAUUUUCAUCUCCACGUAACCAAUUCAUCCAGAACACCCGGCGUUAUGUCCAGAUCUGCUCAGAAAGAGGGACUCUACCCUUGAUCCGUCCUUAGAAUCUUAGAUAAAGUGAUCUCGAAUCUUCAACCCCAGCCAUUUUGGCUUGUUUCAGCGUAUCAUAUCGGGUUUAGGGACUAUUGACCUCCACUUUAGAACAGGCCCUCAUAUAAGGAAAAUGGCUUCAACGUCUCGAAAUGUCUUUUUGAGCCCCUCAGUCAUCAAAGUUGGUACUGGAUAGGUUGUGGCUUUGCGAAAAAGGAACUCGUAGUACCUUGUUCAAAAGGUUGUUGUCGCCCACAACAAUACAUUCUUUUUUCAUUUAUUGCUUAAGACAUACUCUCAUCAUUCUUUCUGAGAGAAAGUCAAUCAUCUUCUUUUCAAUUCCUCGACGUUGUUACGUCCAGUCACUCAUUAUUUUUCUUCUUCAUUUAAUUUCUUAAUUAUGAUUCAGCGAAUCGUUUCCACUGCCACUUUGGCGCUUGCUUUCAUUGGUGAAGUUUCCGCGACGAACAAGUAUACGUUAGUCGAUGAUUAUGCAGGAACCAAUUUUUUUGAUAUGUUCGAUUUUUAUACGGGAGCCGACCCAACAACCGGAUUCGUUUCAUAUACCUCUAAAGAAGUAGCCGGAAAUGCAAAUAGCGAGCUUGGUGUAGCCUUGACAAAGGUCGAGAAUGGACAAGCUUACAUGGGUGUCGACUACGUUAAUGUGGUCACCACUGGCCGGCCCAGUGUUAGGAUACAAAGUAAAGAGACCUAUACUCAUGGCUUGAUCAUUGCCGACCUUGCGCAUAUGCCGGCUAGUAUUUGUGGUACCUGGCCAGCGUUCUGGACCGUCAAUACUACUAAUUACCCACAAUACGGAGAGAUAGAUAUUCUUGAAAAUAUCAACGAGAAGACUGUCAGCUUGCAAACACUUCAUACCGAAGAAGGAUGCUAUAUUUCCGGCAACCAACAUUCAACUCAAUUAAAAGAUAACGUCACAACAUACAACUGUGAUGAUUCUGCUACGUCAAGCAUAUUCGGAGCCCAAGAUGCUACCUCUGCAUGCUCUGGUACCAACUCCGACCCAAAUUCAUACGGAACGACAUUCAACAACAACGGGGGUGGUGUAUAUGCUAUGCAAUGGACUAGUGAUGUUAUCAGAAUGUGGAACUUUGGACCUGAUGCGAUUCCAGCUGAUAUAACUGCUGGUACACCAGAUCCAUCCACCUGGGAUCUUCCUGCCUUUACUACCGAAGGAGGAGUUUGCAACAUUGAUGGAUUAUUCGCCAACCACAAGAUUAUUUUUGAUACAACAUUUUGUGGAGGAUAUGCUGGACAAACUGGAUUUUGGCAAGAGACAACUUGUUAUGACGCAGAAAAAUAUCCUACUUGUGAUAGUUAUGUCGGAGCAAACCCAGAAGCAUACAAGGAAGCUUAUUGGCUCAUCAACAGUGUUAAAGUUUACCAAAAUGAUACCUUAGCCGCUACUAGCGCUGCUGCUGCUUCAUCUACAUCAGCCGCUAUCGUUGCUUCUUCAACCAAAAUCUCAACUACUGCUAGCCCAGUAAUUAGCUCGACUGCUCGAGCCGAGUCUCUUUUGGGUGUCGCCACAUCUGAAGCCGCAUCGAUCGUCGCCUCUAGUUCAUUAUCCUCUGCAGCAUGUGUCUCCACGGGUGCCCUCCUUUCUGGCCAAACCGCUUGCCCGGAAUCUCCUGUAAAGGCAUCUUCUACCGCAAGCAUCAUUGCUUCAGUAUCAUCUGUUGCUACAAUUAUUCCCACAACAGCUCCAGUAGAGGCAUCUUCCACAGUCAAUAGUAUUGCCUCAGUAUCUCCUGUUCAAGAAUCCUCCGAUCCUACCAUUUUACCUUCAACAUCUUCUAUUGAGCAAUCCUCAGUCGACGGCGUUCUUACCACUACUUCCGUUCCAUACCCCCACACUACCUCUACCAUUUACGGAACAAACACACGCACUGACGAGCUUGGAUCUGUUGUAACCGAAACUGUUAUUCUUUCAACUACUAUUUGCCCAAUCACUGCUGCUGAAGGAGAAGCCACCCCUUCACCAUCCAGCGCAAAUGUUGAUUCGACCACAACCAUUCAAAGUACUAUCACAAGUGUUAAAUCCGCCGCUACAAUCUACAGCACUGUUACACUUCCAGGUGAAGUUUCCUCUGCUAUCAUUGUUGCCACUAGCGAAAUUGCACAAACAACUGUCCCAGCUGCUCAACCUUCAUCUACCGAGAUCACUGUGGCCAGCAGUCCUAUUAUUACUUCGACUUCUGUUUUGGGAGUUGCCGUUAGCAGUCCGAUUGUAGAAAACACCAGCAGUGCUGUUGUUGUUCUCCAAACAGCUACCGUCAUCCCAGAAGCUUACACAACUCAAGCAUCUGAGGCCGCAUAUGCUUGGAGCACUGUCACUACCGAGGGAACCAGCACUGUCGUUCCUGUUGGUUCAAGCCCAAGUGUUCCAGCAUCUGCUGAGAGUGAUAGUACUGUACCAACUGCUUCAGCUGGAGCUAGCUCUGGUGAGACCACCAGCGUAUCUUCCCCAGCAUGCGUACCAUCUGGCAGUGCUCUUUUGUCUGGCCAAACAGCUUGCCCAGAGACACCCGCUGCCUCCACUAGUGCUCUCUCAGGUGAGAUCACCAGCAUUGUUUCCUCGGUCGCUAUCCCUACCCCAGCCAUAUCUUCUGCAGCAUGUGUCGCUUCCGGAGCUCUUCUUUCCGGCGAAACAGCUUGCCCAGAAACUCCAGUCAAGGCUAUAAGCUCGAGCGUGGCCACUUCCACUCAACCAUCCACUACAUCAGUAAACAACACUCCAAUUCCAAGUGACGCCUCGGUCGUCCUCUCCACCGCAACCGUGGUCCCCAUGCAAUCUGCCCCUGCUCCAGCCGCCACAUCUGCCGAAGGCAUCGCCGUCCCUCAAUCAUCCAGCGUAGUCGCUCAAGCUGGAACCACCAGCCCAAUAAUCUUUACCCCAACCUACGCAACCACCUCCUUCAUCACAAAACCUACAUCUGCAUCCGCCAACGCUACCUCUACCCAAACCAUUACCUCAAGUAGCGUAUCGAUAACCGGUACUGGUAUCCUUAUCGACACCUCUACACUUGGAAGCAUCGAAACUUUUACAUUCGCCAUGCCAAGCGCCUAUAGCGCGACUGGAACAAGCGAUGCUAGUGCGGUCACUGCUUAUCCUUAUUUGGACUCUGGAGUCUCAAAGGUCAGUGUUCGAGGAAGUAUUAUGGCUGCUAUGGGGGUCAUGGCUUUGUUAUUGAUAGUUUAGAUUUUUGAGUCUGAAAUUCUUUGAUACCUAUGGGGAUGAUGUGGUUUGGUGUAAUUUUGGCGGAUAUUUUGUAUAUAAUUUGAGAUAAAUACUUAGAUAGAGAGAUAGAGUGUAUAUUUAUAUAGGACAAUGAGAAGAAAUCUCUUGUUAUUUGG